AUGGCACCGACAACAUCCGCCAUCCCAUUGACCGAUAAGACCACAAACUCUAUCCGCUCCACCUCCCCGAUCCAUACAGCAACAUGGUCUUCGGUAUACCCUGCUUACUUCGGCAGAUUCCCAAAUGCAGCGAACCACGUUUCCAUCCCAUCGUGGAUCGGAGCAACCGUCGGCGCAGCUACGGCCGGCCUUGUCUUCGGGCUCCUCAUCACCGGAUGCGCAGUGUUCCUGAGGUCUCAGAGGACCCCCUCCAAGUCCGCAAUGAAACGUACCGCACACCAUAGCCGCGAGGCGCUUGCUUCCCGCUCUUCCAUGCAUCCAGACUUCCGUGGACCACCAACGAGCCGAUACCUGAGCCCGGUUGUGGAGGAGUCACUGCGGGGAAAAGAAAAGGAGUCGGAAGACGGGCAGGGUGUUGGUCAUUCUACUGCGAGGGAGGGAAGUUUCACUCCGGGAUUUGUUGAGGUGUCCCAGGAAACGUAUGGACGAUAUAACGUGGGCAAGAGAUGA